GGGGUAGAUGAGUGAGGUGGGACCAGGUGAGGUCGCAAUGCCCCGCAGGACUUGGGGACAGAACUGGAUGGCAGGGCCUAGGUAAGCCAGGUUUAGUGGGGCAGAGUUGGAGAGGGAGGAGUGGUCUUUAGAAGUGGCCAGGUGAGGGCCAGGUGGGGAGGAGGGAUGGAUGGAGAACGGGCCAGUGAAGUGUGGCAGAGGAGGGCUGAGAGCAGCCAGGGGACAGGUGGUGGUGGGAGCUUGUGAAUGGGGUGGAGCCUGAGGGUGUCCAGGGCGGAUGUGGGGGUGGGGUAGUUGUGCAUGGAGCAGAAUAAUGAAUCCAAGUGGCAGAAUUCAGGAGAGAGGACAGGAUCAGAUGCAAGAGUGGUGCUUCCAUGGACUUGAUUGGAAAGGAGUGCCUGGGGCCACUCCUCUGUAUUUCAUUGCCUGCGUCCCCGCUCCACAGGCCUCCAGCCCCGCUGCUGAUACCUUCCUCCAUUACCGCACCAGCAAGGUGCGGGCACUGAGGGCAGCACGGCUGGAGCGGCUGGUGCGGGAGUUGGUGUCUGGGGAUCGAGAGCAGGACCCGGGGUUUGUGCCUGCCUUCCUGGCCACCCACCGGGCUUUUGUGCCCACUGCCCGAGUUCUGGGCCUUCUCCUGCCACCACCGCCACCGCCCCUGCCACCAGGGGUAGAGCUCAAGAAGACAGAGGGAAGAGAUCUGAGCUUGAACAAGAACUUGAGGGCUGUGGUGUCAGUGCUGGGCUCCUGGCUGCGGGACCACCCUCAGGAUUUCCAGGACCCCCCAGCCCACUCGGACCUAGGCAGUGUCUGCACCUUUCUGAGCUGGGCAGCCCCAUCAGGGGCUGAGGCCCAGGAGGCAGAAAAGCUGCUGGGAGAUUUCCUGGAGGAGGCUGAGCAAGAGCAGGAAGAAGAGGAGCAGUCCCAGGCAUGGGGAGGAUCCCUAGGGGCUGCCCAGAUCCCCUAUCCAGACUCCCCAGCAGGCUGCUUGGAGGAGGAGGAAAGACUCGUGAGGGAAGGCCCUGAGCUCCUGGACUUCAGUGUAGACGAGGUGGCCGAGCAGCUGACCCUGAUGGAUGUGGAGCUCUUCUCGCGCGUGCGACCCUGCGAGUGCCUGGGCUCCGUGUGGUCGCAGCGAGACCGGCCGGGGGCCACAGGCACCGCCCCUACCGUGCGCGCCACUGUGACCCAGUUCAACAGAGUGAUCGGCUGCGUGCUGGGCUCGGUCCUUGGAGAGCCGGGCCUGGCUGCCCCGCAGAGGGCGCAGCGGCUGGAGAAGUGGAUCCGCAUCGCCCAGCGCUGCCGGGAACUGCGGAACUUCUCCUCCCUCCGUGCCAUCCUGUCUGCUCUGCAGUCCAACCCCAUCUACAGGCUCAAGCGCAGCUGGGGGGCAGUGAGCAGGGAACCGUUAUCUACUUUCAGGAAACUUUCGCAGAUUUUCUCCGAUGAAAACAACCACCUCAGCAGCAGAGAGAUUCUUUCCCAGGAUGAGGCCACCAAGGCAUCCCAAGAAGAGGACACCCCCCCAGGAAGCCUGCUCUCAAAACUGCCCCCAGGGCCUGUCCCCUACCUUGGCACCUUUCUCACGGACCUGGUUAUGCUGGAUACAGCCCUGCCGGACAUACUGGAGGGGGAUCUCAUCAACUUUGAGAAGAGGAGAAAGGAAUGGGAGAUCCUGGCCCGCAUCCAGCAGCUGCAGAGGUGCUGUCAGAGCUACUGCCUGAGCCCCCGCCUGCCCGUCCUGGCUGCCCUGCGUGCUCAGUGCCAGCUCAGCGAGGAGCAGAGCUACAGCAUCUCCCGUGUCAUUGAGCCGCCGGCUGCCUCUUGCCCCAGCUCCCCACGUGUCCGGCGGCGAAUCAGCCUCACCAAGCGCCUCAGUGCGAAGCUGUCCAGAGAGAGAGGCUCAUCUCCUGGUGGGAGCCCUGGGGACCCCUCAUCCUCCACCUCCAGUGUGUCCCCAGGAUCCCCCCAAUCCAGUCCUAUAACCAGGGACCCUCCAGCUGGCAGUCCUCCAGCAUCUCCAGGGCCCCAGGGCCCCAGCGUCAAGCUGCCCCUGAGCCCAGACCUGCCAGGCCCCCGGCCCCUGGCCUUGCCCUUGAGUGGCCCUCGCAUCCCUCUCCCUGGGCAGCAGGGCUCAGAGGCCCGAGUCAUCCGCAUCAGCAUCAACAACGACCAUGGGAAUCUGUAUCGGAGCAUCUUGCUCACUAGUCAGGACAAGGCCCCCAGCGUGGUGCAGCGAGCCUUGGAAAAGCACAAUGUGGCCCAGCCCUGGGCCCGUGACUACCAGCUCUUUCAAGUCCUUCCUGGGGACAGGGAACUCCUGAUUCCUGACAAUGCCAAUGUCUUCUACGCAAUGAGCCCAGCCGCCCCUGGAGAUUUUGUGCUGCGGCGGAAGGAGAUGGCCCGGCACACAACUUCAAUCUCCUCUGCCUGAAGUGGCUCUCCUCAUCUUCUAGGACAUGGCCCCAUGCGCAGAAAAGGGCCUGGCUUCUAUCACCAGGGGGUGGGGAGGAGGCUGUUCCCUGGAAAGCUCCCCUUUCCCCAUAGAGGCCAUUGUGCUCCAUAACCUAUAACUGCCCCCAACCUCAUUGAACCCCAUCCUUCUGACCCUCUUGGCACCAGAUCCCUAUUCCAAAGACAUCAGGCCAUGGGGUGGCUGGUGGAGAACUCCAUCCCAUAAACAUAGAAAGAGGCAGAGCAUCGGGGGUCAGACUCUCCCCCAGAGAAAUCUUGUAACUGUUGCAGACCUUUCAGAAGCAACAGAAGCGGAUGAAAAUAGUGACCAAAGUCAUGAAA